AUGAUUGACCUAUUGACAGUUUACCUAGCUACUGGCAUCCUGGUCCUUGUCUACCUGUGGGUCAAACGUCCAAGAUUAAACCUCCCUCCCUGCCCCACCCGCCCCUUGCCUCUACUCGGACAUUUACUCACACUGGAGGAAAAUCCAAGGUCACAGUUCAAGAAAUGGCACGAGCAGUUGGGAGAUAUAUACAGCCUGUACAUGGGCAACAAACUCGUAGUUUUUAUAUGUGGCUACGACCUGAUGAAGGAACUUCUGCUCAAGAGGAGGGAUGAGUUUCAAUAUCGACCAAAGAUAGUUUUCAACGAGGUUUGUCCAUAUCCGAAAAGUGGCGUUAUUUGCUCGAAUGGACCCAACUGGAAAGAACAAAGAACAGUUUCCUUACACAUUCUGCGAGAUUUCGGAAUGGGCAAGAACAUCCUGGCUGUUAAAAUCCUAGAAGAGGUGGACCACUUUCUUGACCUGUUGUCUGAACUCAAUGGCGAGCCAUCGGACAUUAGGAUAGCCACCAACAUCAGCACAGCCAACGUCAUCAGUUCUAUAGUGCUCGGUCACAGGUUCGACUACAAGGACGAGACAUUGCGAGAGUUGAUUAUAAGGUUCACGGAGGUGGUAGCGAGUCAACACUUCAACGGGGUCAUCAACUUUUUCCCGAUUUUACGUUAUUUACCUGGGGAUUUAUUCCACAUCAAAAAGACCAGCAAAACUGUCGAGGAUAUUUUUAAGCUACUUGGACAUUUUAUUCAACAAAAAGGGGUUGAUGAAUACGAUGAGAACAAAAUUGAUAGUUUUAUAGCGGCGUAUGUGAAAGAGAUCAAAUCUAAAACAAGCCUUGGAGAAAAGACUUACUUGAAUAAAGAUGAACUUAUCAAGACAGUCAAUGAUUUGUUUACUGCCGGCAUGGAGACCACGAGUACAACAAUCACCUGGUGUUUGUUGUAUGUUCUUAACAACCCGGAUGUUCAAGCUAAAAUUUACGAGGAAAUGAAAGAAAAAAUAGGAACGGACAGACGACCGUGUAUACAGGAUAGACCAAAACUUACCUACCUAAACGCCGUCAUUAAGGAAACUCAAAGGCUGGCCAGUCUUGUUCCUCAGUCUGUAACCCACACCUGUCUUCAUGACGUCACCGUCCGAGGCUACACCAUCCCUAAAGGAACUUACAUCUCACCAGAUUUGGACUCUGUCUUACACGAUCCUAAAAUCUGGGGCGAUGACGUCAUGGAGUUUAAACCUGAAAGAUUUAUAGACCAAGACGGGAAGUUAAAAACUCCUGAAGAGUUCAUCCCCUUCUCGAUAGGUCGUCGUGUCUGUUUGGGCGAGUCCCUGGCUGUCAUGGAGUUGUUCCUGUACCUCUCAUCAAUCUUCCACAGAUUUGAGAUUCUGCCAGAAACUCCAGGCUCGCCGCCUCCAAUCAAAUACAAGUUCGGUAUUGUAGCCUCUCCAUUGCCUUAUAAGAUAAAAGCCAUAAAAAGGAAAACGUCAUAACCGAACAAUAUGGCCUAAAAACUACAAAUACUUUUGUAUGACUGAAGAGUUACAUAUCUGUAAUACAUUUUGUGCAUACUGUGUUAUGUUAUCCACAGCUAAACUGAUUUGUAUUAUAAAAUUUCCUUUUUAGUUUUUAGUAUACUCUUACAACUAACUGAUAAGGCAAUUUAUUCUAACUUACUAGUAUUUGUACAUAAACUCCUAUUCCAUGUAUAUCAAAUGAUGCGCGU